CUCAUCAUGUACCUAUUAGUGGUGGUCCUUUCUCUGCUGCUGAGCUCUGUUCCCGCUCAGAGUCGUCCUGUUGAGGAUUUAAUUGAAAAGAUCUCCGGGAAGAUGGAUGACAUGCCAGUGUCAACUAUAAUUGAAACCAACAAACAUGCAGGACAGCGAGUGGAUGGGCCCUUGAUCACGUUUGGAGACAUCGCCGUAUCAACAGAGUUCAAGAAUGCAGAUCCGUGCACAGCUCGUGGAUGCAAAUGGGAGAGAAGCAGAAAUGGAUUAGUCUAUGUGCCCUACGUGAUCUCCAACCAGUACUCUCCAGAUGAACUACAAGUGAUUAAACAAGGCUUGCAGUCCUUUGCGGAUGUGUCCUGCAUUCGAUUCGUACCACAUGAAGGGCAGAGGCACUUUCUCUACAUAAUGUCUGAUUCUGGUUGCUAUUCAUAUUUGGGGCGUCAAAAAGAAGUACAGGUUGUUUCCCUCGAGCGUGAUGGGUGUGUCUAUCACAGUACUGUUCAACACGAGCUCCUUCAUGCUCUCGGGUUCCAUCAUGAACAGAACCGCAGCGACCGCGACAAACACAUCAAAAUCCUUUUAAAGAACAUUGAACCUGAAGAGGAGUAUAAUUUUGAGAAAACAGAAACCAAUAAUCUGGCAACCCCCUAUGACUAUGACUCUGUGAUGCACUAUACAAGGGACGCUUUCUCUAAGAACAACGAGCCAACCAUGAUUCCCAUUCCUGAUAAUAAUGUUGUGAUCGGGGAAGCUCAAAAAAUGAGCCGCAAUGACAUCCUGCGCAUUAACAGACUCUACUGCAGUUGAACUGCUGCCAGGCUGCAGGAAGGAUUUGUUUGCUGAUAUUAUUAAUCUUUUCAUCUUCGCAUUCAUCAUUCACAUAUCUUUUUUUUUUUCACAUCACAGUUUCAAAUGAUUUUUCGCUUUCUAUCUUUUAAAAAUUAAACAACUUUUUCAAUCAGA